UCGCGAGUGGGGAUUUUUCAUUGUCGAUUUCCAUCAAUGUGUUUUAAAUUACCUUCGUGAUUAAAUUGCUACAACUGUUCGAGCGAGUGAUGUGAACAUGCCUGACUACACCGGAAGCGGAUAUCACAGUGCAGUGAUGAGAAGUGCUCCUCUGCAGAAAUGCAAUGCGGUUAAGUGAUUCUCCAAAUCAAUCCGAGUGAUUAUAUAACCCACAUCGAUACCCAGGACUACUGAAUCAAGACAGUGUGGAAAGCUGCUGAGAUGGAUAAAAUUGUUAAACAAGUGUACUACAUCAGCUGUGAAAAUUUAUUGCCAGAUAAAGUUAAAUAACAGCCGUAGAUAUAAACGGAAACAAGACAGGUUUAUUUUAGUGCGUGUGUUUAGUGCUAAAUUAAAAUCAGCACGCCACCUACAAGCUGUACCGAUUAUAUCUCGGAGAUAAGGGACUCUUUUACACCCCCCUGCACGGUAUUCUCGCUCAAAAUACACCAGUGCACUGUUUUAACGCCGUUUUAUUUAGUGUAGCCCUAACAAUAGAGCCGAUUUAAUGGCGGGCCGAUAAGGAUCUCCAGUUUGUUACCUUUACAAAGCCUCAGCCAAUAACGGCGAUAAAAUUGUUGACGUUCCUGCGGGUAUUGCCAAUAAAAUUAUGACUGCUCUCGCUUAUCGCCCAUUGGCUCUCGUAUUGGCGCUUAUAUUUUCCAUUAUCUUUGCCGUUUCAACGGAUAUCUGAAAACCAUUCUUUACCGCUAUUACGACCGCCUGCGAGUGUUGAGUUGUUCUAUCGCUGAUUGUGCUGGUUUUAUUGUAUUUGUGAUUUAUUGCUACGGCGCUACACUUUAACUAUUGCGGUUCGUUAUAUUUUGUGACAAUGGUUGCUUCGUAUCUGUACUUUCUGUGGCGUUUCGUCGCUGUCUUUGUUGUGAUCCAUCAUUCGUCAUCAGUGUUUGGAUCUCCUCCACCUACAGGAGAAUCAUCCAUCGUGUCGAUAGGCGAGACUCCUACUAUCGCUCGACCGCCACCGAGGCCCAUUUCGAUGUCUUCUGGCAGCCGAUACGCCGAACCACCCAGGAUCGUCGAGAGACCAUAUUUCGAUGACGUCAGUCCACGGAAUAUCACAGCUGUUGUGGGCCAGUCCACCACUCUUAAUUGUCGCGUCAAACACCUAGGAGACAGAACUGUUUCCUGGAUGAGGAAGAGAGACUUGCACAUUCUUACUAGUAAUAUCUUCACAUACACCGGAGACGGCAGGUUCGGCGUCAUACACCCAGAGGCCAGUGAUGAGUGGAACCUCCGCAUAGAGUACGUGCAGAAACGGGACGCUGGGAUUUACGAAUGUCAGGUUAACACUGAACCCAAGAUAAACCUCGCCAUUAUGCUCAAUGUUGAAGAAACUAACCCUGGACCACUGGCACCAAAACAGGGCCCCGCAAGCUCCAAACAAGCCGUGGGUGUUGCAGCGGCCCAAGCGAACAUCUGGGGGCCGGAGGACGUGUACGUGAAGAAGGGUUCCACCAUCAGCCUCACAUGUUCGGUAAACAUCCACUCGACCCCGCCAGGCUCCGUGCUGUGGUACCAGGGAGCGUCAGUGGUCGACUUCGACUCCCCUAGGGGCGGCAUCUCGCUAGAGACAGAGAAGACUGAAGCCGGUACCACUAGCAAGCUGCUUGUCACCAAGGCUGCCCUCACAGACUCGGGCAACUAUACUUGUGUGCCGUCCAACGCCAACGCCGCCAGCGUCUAUGUGCACGUACUCAAUGGUGAGCACCCAGCCGCCAUGCAACAUGGGCGGGGCAGCCACGUGAUCAGUUCGACAUGUUGGAUCCUGCUGUCGCUCUUCGUGGGGUCCUCACUCAGGUGAUCCCAGGACCGGCUGUAAGCUACUUCAUAGGCUCCAGUGACGUCAUCCAACAUGACGUCACAUCCGACUAGACGCUGGGACUCGAGUGGGUGGCAACUGGGCCGAACUGUACCUAGUGGUGGGGCGUUGAUGGAUGACAGGCUUUUAUCUACCAAUCGGUUGUGUUGUUAUCAGUCUAUUUCAAUGUUUCUACAAUAAUAAACAAUGUGUUUCUUUUAAAAUAACCUGUUGUACAUUGGUUGUGAAAUUUUACAGUGUACCUCAUUUGAAGGCGUAUGUUUAAAUGAUAUCGUUUAGGUAAUUUUGUCAUGGAAAUUUGUCCAGUAAAAAAUCAAGUUUUUAAUUUCUUUCCAAGAAAUUUAAACAAAUGACAAAUUAACUUGAAAUUAAUAUGUUUCAGCAUUACCUGUUACAGACCAAAAAAUACAAAACAGAAUAAUAAAAGCAAUACUACACACACACUUGUAUAAAUAUAUUUUUAUUUAUUUCAUUCAAUAAAUUCAAUAAUAUAUUUUGUACUUAAACUAAAAAUUUCAACUAUCCAUAGUUUAAAUAACAUUAAAUAUCAUUUAUCAUACAUUCUAAAUUUGAUUUUCAUAAGAAUUAUAUUGGAGCUAGUUCCAGCUAAACAUUCCAGUCUAGUUUUUGUUUUAUUCAUUGAUCCAUCUUAAUCUUGCAAAAUAUAGGAAUGUUUUAUGACGGUUUUAAGUAAAAUUUCUGUAUAAAACUUUUUAACAGAUAUUUUGUUUGCGUGGUUGUAAGUUAGAAAGUAAAUAAACGACUGAGAUUGUGUAAAAACUGUUUAAAAUGUAUAGAAGUGUAACACAACUUAAAAUAUUGUUAGAUAUUUGACAAAUUAGGAUAUCACUUAAGGCUUACAAAGCCUUCUGUAUAUAAUGUACAUACUCUUCGCAAUACAUGUGAUACUAUGUUUAAUAUUGUUUUUAUGUAAAAUUUAGUUAUUAUUAACUGUAAUGUUAUACAAUGACUAAUUCAUGUACAAAUUAUCUUAAAAUUUAUUCAAGGAUUAUGAAUAGUUAUAGUGAUUCUCAGAGAUCAAAUAUACUUGGUUUGGAAAUAA